AUGACGGAUUCUUUUGAUAAGUAUUUGGGCUUUCCCAUCAUUGCUGGAAGGCGUAAGGUUUCUCACUUCGAUUUCAUAAUAGAGCGUAUUUCGCGGAGGCUUCCCCUGUGGCGUGCUAAAUUUCUUAACAAGGCGGGCCGUACUACUCUUGCGCGCUCGGUUCUUUCUACCAUUCCGGUUUAUUUCAUGCAAAUUGCAUGGUUUCCGGAGAAAACUUGCCAACAAAUUGAUAGCAUCAUUAAGAGAUUUAUUUGGCGGGACCGCGAUGUUCGGGGGUUACAUCUAGUGAAAUGGCAAACAGUGGCUAAGCCGCGUCGCUUGGGGGGCCUUGGCCUUCGUCAAACGCGGCAAAUGAACAUAGCUAUGCUGGGGAAGAAAGUCAGCGAGUUUAUCGACGACACUCCUUCUCUUUGGGUGGUUGCUUUGUCCCACCGAUUUAGAAGGGGUUACGAGGGGAUCAGAAGUUCCAAGACCCAGUCCUCGUCUGUUUGGACUGCAUUGAGGAGGUGUUUUUCUGUCAUUGCGAACGGUUUCACCUACAGGUUAGGUAAUGGGGAGACCAAUUUUUGGGAGGGAAUUUUUCUUCAAGGUAAACCUAUCAAUUGUCUUGUCGACUAUGUCCAUAUAUCGGAUUCUGAUAAAUCAUGCCGUCAGUUGAUCGUUAAUGGAAGGUUUGAGCUUCAGUCGUUGCAAACGGCCUUCCCAGAUCAUGUUCUUAAGGCCCUGACGGACGCGAGAAACAUUUAUCUUCAUUUUUCUGUGUCGGAUAAAUGGUGUUGGUCAGUUGGUAGUCUCGGGAAAUACUCUGUGGCUUCUUGCUACGAAUGGCUGCUAAAUCAGGGCGUAAUUAUGAAGGCGAAGUGGAAGAAGAUUUGGAGAGCAGACAUUCCUGAGAAAAUAAAUUUUUUCUGUUGGCUUAUUGGGCAUCGCUUGCUUCCUACGAUGGAAUUGCGUCACCGUAGACAUCUUGAUUCUACGGGUACGUGUUCGAUUUGUGGGGAUGGGAUGGAUAAUUGGGUGCAUAUGUUUUUUGAGUGCUCGUGGACUGCUCCGGUUUGGGCUGGGCUCAUUUAUCACGGUUUUCCUCAUCGGCUGGCUCAUACUAUUCCGCUCGACAGCCAAGCUUUCGAAUUUAUUGUUCAUGCGCUCACGGGGUUGAGGUUUGCUCUGUGGUUCUUGUGGGUGGAGCGUAAUAACAGGGUGUUUGGUAAGCCUUCUAGUUCGCCUCACACUGUUGUCAGGGAUAUCUUAUCUUUCUUUAAAUGGUGGCAGGAGACAAGGAGGCGGGCGAACAGGUUAACGAAUGGGGCUAGGCGAGAUAGUUCUUCUAGAACUGUUACCUGGAACCCUUAUUAUUGUAAAGGGAUGAUCUUGCAUACUGAUGGUUCGUCAUUGGGCAAUCCAGGCCCGUCCGGCUUCGGAGCUGUUUUGCGUACUCACGAGGGGGCGUGGAUCGAGGGGAUUUCAGGUAAUAUAGGGAUUGGUGACAAUUCUCUUGCCGAAGUGGUCGCGGUUCUUGAAGGGUUAAAUUUAGCAUUGGCUCGGAGGUGCACAACUCUCACUUGUUACUCCGACUCGCAAGAGGCUCUCCGGCUGAUUCAAAGUGCAUCCGCAGUUAAUCAUGUUAUGGGUGGGUUGAUCAUGAACAUAAGGGAUAAGAUUAGUUUGAUCGGGAAUGUGCGUUUUCUUCACAUUUGGAGAGAGGGAAAUUCCGUUGCUGAUAUCUUGGCUAGGAGAGGAGCCAAGGAAGAAGCGUUCUUCACGACUUGGGCGUAUCCCCCGGAUGACUUACUCACUCCGUUGGCAAAGGAUGCAGCUUUGUUUCCUUACAUGCGUUUAUAG